CUGCUCCAAAAAUCGAUCCCGUUGCCAUAACAAAGUCAAAAUUCCCGUUUCCCUCCGGUCAAAAUGUCCGAAUUCGACAUAAUUUUCGACAGUUCGGCGCAAAAUUUAAAAGAAUUGCCAGCGAAAAUCCUCCAAAUGCACCACUUGAAAAUGUUGUACUUGCAACAGAACUUCCUCAAGGAGCUUCCCAGAGACUUCUUCCUCAAACUACCCCAACUGGCAUGGCUGGACUUGCGCCAGAACCACUUAACCUCCAUACCGACAAGCAUAGCCCACCACCAACAUUUGGAAAACCUGCUCUUAUCCGACAACAAAAUCGAGGUUUUGCCCAACGAACUGGGCCUAGUACCGAACCUGAAAGUGCUACAAGUGGCGAACAACCCGUUGGCGUACCCCAACGCUCGGGUGGUGGCCGAAGGCACGAAAGGGAUAGUGAGCUACUUGAGACACCAGUAUGAGAAGACUUCGCCCCCGAGUGAGGAAAUGCUGAGGGACAGUGACGAGUUGAAGGUCGAGGAGGAGAUCAGGGUGCUGGAGGACUACUCCCAGGAGUUGUUCCCGAUGCAGGAAUCGCGCGAUUCCAGUCUUGUGGUUAAGGGAUUGUCAAGGAUCAAGCGGGAAGAUAGUGGGAUCAUCCAUAAAAUCUCGAGUGAUUCCCCCGAUAAAAUCCUCCUCAAAUCGUUCUACGAGCAGGACGAUCGCUUCGCCAAAGCGUCCCAGACCGGCGAAUCGAUCACUUUCAUCCCGCCAAUUCGCCACUCCUGGAUGGGCAAGCUCAGACAACUGUUGGAGGAGCAGGAGAGGAUCCUCCAACAGGAGCGGAACCUGCAAGCUCUGACGUCUUGGAGGUACCAAAAGAAGGUCGAACCCAAACGGAUGACAAACCAGGAGUAUAAAAGCAAAGCCCCCUACGCCACUGAUCCGCAAUUCGACGCGAUUCUCUCGAGACAAGACAUGGAACGCGAAAUUGACCGAAUGAUCCAGAAAAACAAAAAGCCGAAGAAAGAGGACGUUGAUAAGCUGAUAAGCGACCUCGUGGGCCAGCUGAAGGACAUGGAAGCGAGCUAUGCCGGGUUCAAGUCGCCCAGGAGUGAGAUCGAGGCGGCUGGCUCCCAAAUUAAAAAGUUAUUCGUUCCAGAUCAUGGACAUGCAGAAGAAACUACUCCAGUUGCAAGAAACGAACGAUUUAAUGUUACAAUAAUCUGCUUUUUAUUACAUAUACAGUUAAAUACGUAAUUACAAUAUUUAGAUGUAAAAUAAUAAGAGUAAUUAUAGUACAAAAUCACAAAGUUAAUUUGAAGAUCUAUCAAAAUUGUAACAAAUCAGUCAAGUGUUAUUUAUACAAUUUGUGCAUUUAGAAGGUACGUCCCAUCACGAUUUUGCCUUUGAUCGCCUCGUGCGUGUUCUCGACGAAGCCCAAUUUGCCGUAAAAUGCGUGCGUGUAGCUGUCACUGGCGUUCAUAACCACGUGAACACCGAACGAACCUGAAACAACCAAUUAGAACAAGACACGUGGCGACGAGACGACCCACCAUUGGCCCGCAAUGCCGCCAAGAGACACGUGACUAGUCGCUUGCUCACUGAUUGGUCCAGAACCGACGGAAGAAUACUACAAAUCAUACUGGAAGGAUGCGUCGGGCUUGAGACGUAGAUCUCGUCCUUGAAGCCGUGGAAAUACGAUAUGCUCUCCUGAAAUAGUCACUCACACUAUAUUAAGGCAGCAGCUUUUUGACCUUGAAGAACAUAUACUUAUUUUUUUUUAAAGUGGGAACAACGCAAUUUUUUACGCAUUCUUUAAAUAAAUAAAAAAAUGUUUGACGCUA